UCUCGCUCUGUGAUGCUAAUGUCAACUCCUGUCUUCUCUCCUUCAACCACUUCUUUUUCUAAUAUAUUCAGAUCCAUGGUUUUUUUAUUUUCGGUUAACCUUUUCCCUUUGCGUGCUCUCUAAAAAGAUCCUCCAAAACAAAUAUUAUUCACGUCUUUUUCAUGACCGCCAGAUUCUUUCAGCUACCAGAACCGGUAUCAGGCUUGCGGUAUGUCUGAUUUCAAGCUAGAUGUAGUUCUUGGCCAGGAUUUUCCGGAGCCUGGUUUUAGGCCUGAAAAGGGAAAAACGAUUUCAGGCGCUGAAAAGAUUAAUGCUGCAGUGUACAAGAUUUUUAGUGUUAAUUUUGCAGGACGGAGAGCUAAAAGUGACGGGUUCUUUAGAGGGAAUGGAGCAGAUAGUGACAGUCUCGGUCUCCCAAAUGGCGGGGAUGGAAAACGUGAACAUGGAUCAGGAAAAAAAUAUGGGCCUCUUAUAUCUGGAACGGCUUACUGCAUUUCGUCUUGUGGCAUGAUACUGUUGAAUAAAAUUGCUUUAUCAACUUAUAAUUUCAAUGCAGGGAUAUCACUUAUGUUUUACCAAAAUUUGAUCAGCUGUCUUGUUGUUGCUGUACUGAGCUUGUCUGGGGUAGUUUCAGUUGAAAAACUCAACUGGAAACUAGUAAGGGUAUGGAUCCCUGUCAACGUAAUCUUUGUUGGCAUGCUUGUAUCAGGCAUGUAUAGUUUGAAAUACAUAAACAUAGCGAUGGUUACAAUAUUGAAGAAUGUGACCAAUAUUAUAACAGCAAUUGGGGAAUUGUAUAUUUUCCGGAAACAUCAGAAUCAGAAAGUAUGGACUGCCAUGUUUUUGAUGAUCAUCUCUGCCAUUAGUGGUGGUAUCACAGACCUUUCCUUUGAUUCCAUGGGUUACACAUGGCAAAUCAUGAAUUGUAUUUUAACAGCCUGCUACUCGCUUACCCUGCGCAAGGUGAUGGACACGGCAAAGCAGUUAACCAGAAGUGGAUCUCUUAAUGAAAUCUCAAUGGUCCUACUGAAUAAUUUGUUAUCUCUACCUUUCGGUAUCAUCUUGAUUCUGCUAUUCGAUGAAUGGGAAUACAUAAUAACUACGGAUGUGAUUAAAUUACCAAUGUUUUGGGUUGUUGCAACAGCCAGUGGAUUACUUGGACUUGCCAUUAGCUUCACCUCCCUGUGGUUCCUACAUCAAACUGGCCCCACAACUUACAGUCUGGUGGGUUCCCUUAACAAGAUUCCCUUAUCUUUUGCUGGUCUUGUUCUGUUCAAGGUUCCACUCAGUCUACCAAACCUUUUCAGUAUAUUUUUCGGUCUAUUUGCUGGAAUAUUCUUUGCCAGGGCUAAAAUGUCCUGAUCCCAGAAUCAGAUUUUUGGUAAUCUUGUUAAACAAUUAUAUUAGUAGUCAAAAUUAAAGCUUUAUAUAUAAGUGGAUUUACUAAUUAUUAGAGGAACUAAGAAUUAAGGGAUUUGGAAAGCAAGCUGCUUUUGAAAACCGCAAGCCUGAACAACAUGAAUAUUGUGGUUGCUCAUUCAUGAGGGUGGGAGUUGUCGUAUGGGAAGGUCUCCGCGUCCUUUUCUAUUACCGGAAGAAGGGAAAAUACUGAAUGUCGUCUUUGGAUUCAUUACUCAAUGUUGCUUAUGCUCUAUGAUGAUUUUCCUUCCAUAACUUUUACCUGUACUUGACAGAUGCCAUAGAAAAUGGGCUGCUAAUUAAGCUUGUUCAAAAAUCAGACAAGUCAUAAUUAUUGCCAUGUUGGCAUCCGAAUUUCAUGGGUAUUUGAACAUCGUUGAUGUAAAAUUUAUCAUGGAUGCAGUUCAUAGAUCGUACUUUCUUCAUAC